ACGUGGUAGACAUGAUCCUAAGAAGCAAAUAUUAAUUGGUUUAUGGUAUUUUGCUAAUCAAGAAUCAUAUAGGCAAAUAAGUGACCGAUUUGAUGUUUCUCUUGGAUCAUCUAUAACAAUAAUCAACUGCAUGGUAGACAAAAUAUGUGAAAAUGCUGAUCGUUUUAUUAUUUGGCCAAAAGGAAAUAAACUAAAUGAUACUAUUGAGGGGUUUACAUCAUUAAGAACUAAUGCUUUUCCAAAAGUAGUAGGUGCCAUUGAUGGAGCUCAUAUUAAAAUAUUGGCACCUUGGACAAAGAGAAAUAAAAUGCCUCCCCUUGACCGAAAUAGCUACAUUAACCGAAAGCAGGUAGCAACAGUACUUUUACAAGGCAUUUGUGAUUCAGAAUAUAAGUUCAUUAAUAUAUUUUCUGGUUGGCCAGGAUCUGCACACGAUGCACAUGUUUUUAAAAAUAGCCCAGUCGGUGAACAACUUAUUUCAAACUCAUUAAAUCUCUUUCCUAGAGAUAUGCACAUCCUUGGUGAUUGUGCAUAUCCUCUAUUGCAUUGUCUAAUGACACCAUAUAGGGAUAAUGGUCAUUUAACUAAAGAACAAAGGCACUUCAAUUAUAAACUAAGCUCUAGUCGGAUAGUGAUAGAACAAAAUUUCUUGAUGUCUACGACAAGACUAAGUGUGCCAAAUGUAUUACAACAUGUGUAUGUCUACAUAAUAUUUGUAUGGAUAGAUCAGAUGAUUGGAGCAAUCAUGAUGCUUACACAUCUAAUUCAAUAUCAAAUGACAAAGACACAUGUUCAGAUGUUAUAA